UUGUGAAUUUACAUGUACAUAUUUUCCGAAUAUAAAUAUAUUGAAAUUUUAUCGAAUUUCGUGAAAUGGCAGGGUACAGACCAACAGCCCCUCCCCCAAAUUUAGAAGACGCCCUCGAGUGCACCAUUUGCCUUGACACGCCAGUCUCGCCCAUCCAUCAGUGCGACAAUGGGCACAUCGUUUGCGGGACUUGUGCCGGGAGGAUGACAGCUUGUGGUUUGUGUAAAACUAAAUUGCAAAUUUCUAUCUUGGCGGAGCGACUUUCACGACAAUUAGACCUUAAGCCUUCCUGUCCUUACUCCAUAGCUGGAUGCGUAACAAAAAUAUCGAGGGCUGAAAUGGUCAGCCAUCAGGCUAAGUGCUACUACAGGGAUGUUAUAUGUGAAGAUCCAAAGUGGCCUCCAUGCGACAGGGUGCCAAUCCCUUUUGGAGAUUUCUUCAAUCACUUGCAUACCAAUCAUCAAAUUGAUUUGGAUGAAAUAAAUCUGGGACAGUUCUGCGACAGAACUGGGAUAGUUCUCCCGGUUUUUGGUGGAGACCAAUUUCGAGAUUUGGAGAGAGAGCAGAUCGUUAAGCUUGUCAAGAAAAAUGGUCAGGCAUUCUUGCUUCAUUGUCACAUCGACACAGACCUCGCAACCUUCUGGAUGACCGUUCUUGGCGAUGAAGCAGAGGCUAAUAAACAUUGGUUCCAAAUCAAGCUGGGAAACGAAAAUAAAACUGAAGCGAAGAAACAGAAUGUCGCAAAAUGUGAAACAACAAGUACUAAGGUUCAUCCAAUUGUUUACGCAAAGCCAGUAAGAACAAAUGGCGCAGCAGGCUAUAGCUCAAUACUUGUGGAAGAUUGCAUUUGGUUCCGUCCCAUGGGUUCCAAGGAUUAUCAAUAUACUGCUCAGUUAACAAUAAAAAACGAGUCAACAAGCGGAGAAAUGUUUAUUGUUUGGAUUGAGACCAGUGCUCCAAAGCGGUAUCGAGCAAGCCACCGAAUAUUUUUGUUGAGUACCCACGAAACUGUUUGUGUUACUAUUGUGAUCCCGUAGGGAGUUUCAGCUGGUGCUAUGACGGAGGACACGUUUUCUGUAUGGCCGAGGGUAAUUCCUGAACAUUUGCUGUACACCACAGACGAAAUUUGGAGUGAAGAUUGUAGCAGAAGUACAAAAUUGUAUGAUUUUCAAGGGCCUGACGAACGAAAACAAAUAUAUCAGGACAUAGCCAAGUGUAGCCCUAGUUUUUUCCGGUAUAACUUAAAAGUUGCUGUAACGGAUCCAUACCCUCCUGCUCGGAAACUUAUUGAUUUCAAUAUUGAAAAACAGCGAACUGCAUUGAAUAACGUGGAGCGAGAGACUCAAAUAUGUUAUACCAUCCCCGUUUUGACGUAUCACCAUCACUCCAAAUUCGACAAGGCGCAGAUGCAGCACAACUGUGCAAUGUUCCCAGCUCUACUUCUUCGUCAGGUUGGAAUGAAAAGGGGUGCCGAUACCAAUGCGAUGCCCUUAAGUUUUUCAUACGGCAUACUUUAAAAAUUUAUUUUAACUCGACGACUUUACCAAGUUUAUAAAGCCGUGAUGAUUAUUAAAUAAACCGUAGUAACGU